GACCGCGGCCAUGUUUACGUUCAAAGAAAAGCGACAAGAAGAGAAAAAUGGCGGAAAUUGCUACACGGAUCGAAAAAAUGGCCUCGCAAGGCUGUGAACAGCUCAGUUUACUACGGUACAGACUAUCACCAGCCGAUGUGUUUAAGAGUGUUGGUCCUAAGCUGGUCCCAUUUUUUAAGACAUUCUGUGUAUACUUCGUUGCCUGGCAACCAGAAUCCUCCAAGCCUACAGUUUUUGCGGCAAUAAUCAAGAUCCUACCCAUAUUAUGCCUCUGCGGCUUCGUCAUGCUCCAGGGAAUAAGCAUGCAGAAAGACCAUGAUUAUAGUCGUCGUAUUCUGAUUGGUCUGAUAUUCUCGGCUAUUGGCGACAUCUGUUUGGUGUGGAAGUAUCAGCUCUUUAUUCAUGGUAUGGCGGCAUUUGCCAUCGCUCACUUGGCAUACAUGAGAGCAUUUGGGUUUCAGCCAUUAAAACCUCUUACAGGGAUGAUUUGCCUUUUUAUCAUGCUUCCAACAUAUCAUUUAUAUUUUCCAAACUUAAAUGGCAUGCUUGCCAUUGCUGUGCCAUUGUAUAUUGUCAUUAUAGGCAUAAUGGUCUGGAGGGCAAUCUCAGGACUUCAAGCACAACUACUGAGUGACGACGGACUCUGGCGGUGGACCAAACUUUGUGCGUGCCUCGGAGCACUCUCAUUUGGGAUAUCCGAUACUGUAAUCGGAUUCAACAUGUUUUAUUUCCCAGUGCCAUACUCCAGAUUUAUCGUCAUGACAACCUACUACGCAGGCCAGCUUGGUAUUGCAUUAUCUACUUUUAGUCUAGACGACGAGAAUAAUCUUAGAAUGAAGAGUAAUAUAAAACAGGAAUGAACAUAACCAUUAUAAUUUGCCAUUUUUCAUACAUCGAUUCAGUAGUGAAGUAAGCAUUUGGUCAAGGCUCCAAGGUCAACAAGGUCCAAAUUUGAAUAAUCUUGUUAAAGUACUGUACAGGCCCACAAAUGAUCCCAGGACCGCAAAUGAUUCCGGGACCACAAAUGAUCCCGGACCGCAAAUGAUCCCGAUACUGGAUCGCAAAUGAUCACGCAAUAAUAUACGGAAUGGUUUGGAGUGGGGGAAUCCUAUAAAUACUUUUACUUAUGUAUUUUCAACUUAGACUCAAAUCGUAUUUAGAAUAAUAUGAACUUCAUUUUUAAUUCUGAUUAUAGCUCUUUCUUUUCUCUAUCCUUUUUAAAGUCUUUUUUCGUUUUUUCAUUGUCAUCCUCCCCAGCAAAUCCUCUUGAAAUUAUUAGAACUAAGAGCAAAACAGUCGCAAGUAUUCGAACCAAGUUGACACUGACAGUUCGUAGCACUGCAAGCAUGUCAACAAAGGAAGCCCAAGCAAUGAGAUUUUUUAUCAUAGAAUUGAAGAGAUUUUAAACAUGUUAAAUGUAUACAGAUACAUAAUAAUUUAUUGCUUCGAAAUAUAUUCACAUAUAUGCAUCAGGAAAGUUGUGAUACAGCUUGCAUACAACCCAUAUUUYAUUAUUAUUAUCUUCCCGUUUUUUAAAUGAACAAAAGAACUGUAAAUCGUAUUAUAUUUUGAAACGCAACGUUUGUCACAAUAAUUAUCCAUGUUGAGGAUUCCCCCACUCCAAACCAUUCCGUAUAUUAUUGCGCGAUCACUUGCGAUCCAGUAUCGGGAUCAUUUGCGGUCCGGGACCAUUUGCGGUCCUAUUCGGGGAUCAUUUGCGGUCCCGGGAUCAUUUGCGGUCCUGGGAUCAUUUGCAGGCCUGUACAGUACCCCUCAAUAGACCUAAUCCACUGUUUUCUCAAUUCAAAGCAUGUGUCAUUUCCUAGAGUAUUAUUUCUUUGCUUAGAGGUUGUAAAUGAAAAAAACAUUUUAAUAUAGAUGAUUAGUACUCAAACAAAGAAUCUUAUACUCAAAAGAGUGACAGGUGGUCUGAAAUGAGCAAAACAUUACACCUUAGUGGAUUUAAUCAAUAUUAUUGCAUGCUCGUUUGACUAGUGAUCUGAAGUAUGAAAAUUGUUGAAUACUGAACAUAAUUUUUAACUAAUACCACAGCAAGCUAAUCAUUCACUGUCAAAGAAGAUAUAUUUGUACAAACAUUAUGUAUUUUAUUUUAGAUAAACAAUAUAAUUUUUUGAACUUUAAUUCAGAAUUGACAAAAAUUAUGGCAUUUUUUAUGACUUGCAUAAAGUUGAAGCAAUCUAUCCUGGUUGUUAAUAAUUUAUAAUAUUAUCUAGGGGGUUUGUACCUAUAUUUUAUUAUUGCGUCGAGUUUCAGAGGCUUCUCAUUUACUGCUCAUGCUGUACAGUGUAGAAGCUCAAUUUGAAGGACAUAACAAUAGGUAACUUCCAAUACUCAUGAGAUUUAAAUUAUUUUGUUUUGCCCUCCAAAUUGAGCUGCUUUGAAUUCACAUGCAAAAGGUCUAUGGUUUAUUGUGUUUAUUAUGUGAAAUAUUUUUUAAGCUUCGAAAGGUAUUUGAUGAGAAAGUCGAGAACUAUUUAUUUUUUCUGACAUAGAUCAGAGCACAUUGUACAAGAAAUAAUAUUGCAACCAAUGUUAAAAUUUUACUGUGUGAAAACUCUAAGAAAAUGUUGUUUUUGUUUAUAAAACUUUCUUCACAAGGGAAGGAAAAUGUCAUGUCUUAUUUGGUCUAAGGGGAAAUUAUUUUAAAGACCAUUAUUUUCAUCUUCAUCACUUUAGCAUAUUUUAUCAUUUUUUUAUUUAAUUCAUAGUAUAGUUCCAGAAAAAAAAGAUUAUCUUAUCUCCAGAGAAGAAGAGAAGUCUCAGCUUUUAGGUGUACCAUGAU